AUGGCAAAAAAUACUCGUAGCUCGAGCAAUAUAUCCAACACUCAACAACAACAGUCAUCUAUUGAAUUUCAAUGGCUUUAUCGAUUAAUUAAUAGUCGAUCAUAUAAAACUUGGGUACUUCUAAUUAUUUGUACGCUUAAUAUUGUUGAUUUACUCGUUGAUUGGUACUUUUUUAUGUCCAAGACAACAAUUCAACAAGGUCUUGUAUUUGGUCCACCACCACGUAACAUCUUAUUAGCAAUAUUUACAUUUUGUAUUAUAUCAACAUUUACAAGUUUACUUGAAAUAAUACAAAUAAUUCGUGAUACAUAUCAAAAUCGUUUAACAUCAUUAUUUGGUCGAAUAACAAAUUGUUUAACAUUAUGGUUUGAAGAUGUUCCAUUAUUAACUCUUAAUCUUCUUAUUGUUAUUUGUCGUGAUGGUGAAGUAACGUAUAUUAGUUUAGCUAAAGCAAUAAUUGGUAUUAUAGCUGCAUUAAUACGUUUUUUAUUUAUACUUCUUAAUAAAUGGUUAAUACGUCAUGAUUAUCACCGUAAAGAUAAUUUAUCACAAUUUUUUAAUACAAUAUCAACAAUUGGAAUUAUAAUUGUUUUGCUAUUAUCAAUAUCCAUACAUACAAUAGCAAGUUUACCAAUAGAUAGUUUUGGACGUAUACAUUUAGCAAGACCAUCUGAUUUUACACGAUUUAAAUUUGCGCAUCAAAAAUAUUUUAAUCAUGUUGGAUUAUUUCUUCGUUCAUCAAAUGAUUAUAAUAAAUUUAUUUAUUUAACUAAUAUUGAUAAUAUUAUUGAAAAAGGUCAAAAAACAUUUAUUUAUAGUAUAAAUGAAAAAGAUAAUAUUUAUUGUAUUAAACAAGAUAAUCAAACAUGUUUUAUUGAAUAUAAUUCUACAAAUAUUUAUUUAUAUAAUAAACAAUUAACCAAUAAAUUAAUUAAUUAUUCAAUAACAUUUCAAUUUAAAGAACCUGAUUUUUAUUAUUUACUUGGAGAUAUUAAUUAUAAUAUAAUUCGUUGUGAUUUAAAAAAUUUUUAUAUUAGUGACGAUAAAAUUUCAUUACAUUAUUAUCGUUUCAAAAGAAAUGUUAAUGAUAUUAGAUUACCUUUUAUGUUAAAUGACGAUAACAAUACAUAUCGUUAUUAUGAUAUUCAAAAUGAUUUUGAACCAAUUCAAUAUGUUUGGAAAACAGGUUUAUCAAGAUGUACAUCAACAAGUAGUUCUAGUCCACAUCGAUCUCAAGAUAUUCAAAUGAAUGAUUGUUUUUAA